UACGGUCAGUUUCACUCUCAAUUAAUUUUCACAUACAGGAAACCCCCUAAAAAAGUCCCAAACAGUAGUAGUAGUAGUGCAAAAAGCCUAACAAAUGGAAAGCAUACAGGAAUCCCCCCAAAAAAAGUCCCAAACAGUAGUUGUAGUAGUGCAAAAAGCCUAACAAAUGGAGACUGAGAUUGAUCAAACCCAGAUGAAAAACAACAACAAUAAUAAUAAUGAGAAGAAACCCAGAAUUCUGUGCCUCCAUGGAUUCAGGACAAGCGGUGAAAUCCUGAAGAAACAGAUGGGGCGGUGGCCGGAGAUGGUUCUGGGAAGGUUGGACCUGGUCUUCCUCGACGGCCCUUGUCCAGCAGCAGGCCAAUCUGAUGUUCAAGGCUUCUUCGAUCCUCCUUACUACGAAUGGUUCCAGUUCCGCCAGGAUUUUCAAGAGUACUAUAAUUUUGAAGAAUGUCUUGCUUACAUCGAAGAUUAUAUGAUAAAACACGGACCUUUUGAUGGUUUACUGGGUUUUUCACAGGGGGCGAUUAUAUCUGCCGCGUUGCCCGGAAUGCAAUUGCAUGGGGUGGCACUUACUAAGGUUCCAAAGAUAAAGUUUCUGAUAAUAAUGUCAGGGGCUAAGCUGGGAGGAUCUAAGUUAAUAUCAGGGGGCAGGUUUGAAGGUUCUAAGUUUGGGUUGCCCAAAAUUGCUGCUAAUGUAUUUUCAUCAACAGUCAAGUGCCCUUCCCUCCACAUUAUAGGUGAGGCAGACUUCUUGAAGGAAACAGGGAUUGAAUUAUUGGAAUCAUUUGAGGAGCCAGUUGUGAUUGAUCACCCCAAGGGGCACACAAUAGCAAGACUUGAUGAGAAAGGCCUGAAGACAAUGCUCAGCUUCAUUGAAAAGGUCAAGGAGAUUCAAUUGCAGCAAGAAUAGAACUGCUUAAUGAUGCUGCAAAUUGUUUUAUUUUUAUCACGAAAUAUGAUUAUGAUAAUUGUGCAGGGUUACAAAUUUACCAACCCUAAUAUAUUUAUUUGAAUAAUAAUCCAUCGUUUUGAGAAAAGAUGCAAUUAUCUAUGUUUUACAACACAGACAGUAUGUAGUAACUAGAGCUAAUUGGCAAAAGGACAGUGUCUUGUUUAUGGCUCAAGCUUCUUAAUCCAAAAAAAAUAAAAUAUAAAAAA